UCGCGGAGGAACAACACAAACACGUCGCUGGUCUGGCCGGGAAUGCUGCGAAUGCGGUGGGGGGCCAAACGGGCCGAUAAACGGCUACGUAACAGAAGCAGAGAGCAAAAGAGAGAGCGCGCGCGAAUGCGCCGGGAAGGGAGGAGGGAAUCGAAGAGGAGCAUCCAUCUUGGAAUGCUGCGGGAAGGGGUUUCGUUUCGGAUGGGGAUUGGAAAUUGCCAAUAAGAAAUUUAUGUAGUUCCGCUUAUGCCAAUUAGAAUCUCUCGAAACGCACGUUUGGCAAUGCGCCGUAUCGAUAACUCUUGCGGAUGGUUGGCAACACUGCCGGGCAAAACUCAGCCGGCCGUCGGAAUUUCUAGUUUCUAUUUUCCAAUUUUCACGCCUGUGUUAUUGCGGUGUUACGGCAAUAAAGUCGCCCGAUAUCUGGUUCGAGGUCUGGUGAAAUCCACAGAAUAGUUUAGUAACAGUGCCGCCCUUUAUUGCACCCUCUUUUAUCUCGAGUGCGCGAUUAGAUUCGAGGAGAAACUUGGAGAUCGUCUGGGAGCACGAGCACCAUGAACUCCAUCCUGAUAACGGGCUGCAAUCGGGGACUGGGUUUGGGCCUGGUCAAGGCUCUCGUAAAUCUUCCCCAGCCGCCGCAGCAUCUUUUCACCACCUGCCGGAAUCGCGAGCAGGCAAAGGAACUGGAGGACCUGGCCAAGAAGCACUCCAACAUCCACAUACUGGAGAUUGAUCUGAGGAACUUUGAGGCCUACGACAAGCUAAUCGCCGACAUCGAGGGCGUGACCAAGGAUCAGGGUCUAAAUGUGCUUUUCAACAACGCCGGCAUAGCGCCCAAAUCGGCCAGGAUAACCGCUGUUCGCUCGCAGGAACUAAUCGACACGCUGCAGACCAACACCGUGGUGCCCAUCAUGCUGGCCCGCGCCUGUCUGCCGCUCCUGAAGAAGGCGGCCAAGGCCAACGAGUCCCAGCCGAUGGGCGUGUCGCGGGCCGCCAUCAUCAACAUGUCCUCCAUUCUGGGCUCCAUUCAGGGCAACACAGACGGCGGCAUGUACGCCUACCGCACCUCCAAGUCGGCCCUGAAUGCGGCCACCAAGUCGCUGAGCAUCGAUCUCUAUCCGCAGCGCAUCAUGUGCGUUAGCCUGCAUCCGGGCUGGGUGAAAACGGACAUGGGUGGCGCCGCUGCGCCCCUGGAUGUGCCCACCAGCACGGGCCAGAUUGUGGAGACCAUCGGCAGGCUGGGCGAGCAGCAGAACGGCGGUUUCGUCAACUACGAUGGCACUCCGUUGGCCUGGUGAAGAUU